UUUUGUGUGUGUUAUUUAAACUUUAUAUUAUCUAUUUCAACAGCCAAGCGAUUUGAAUGACGCCCUUUCCGACACACAGAGACUACAUGUUUUUGAUCGGUAUGGAUGGGGUGUGUAUAACAGACAUGGAAACACCGAUCGCUACCUAAGGCUUGAACAUUAUACUAACGAGGUCUCUGUUAAUAGAUAUGGAAAAGAAUAUCAUCGGUGUGUAUCUUGGAAUAUCGAUGACGAUGGAACUUGGAUAGUAUUUGAAGAUGAAUUACCACUAAGUCUUCCAGAAAUGAUCUCUGCACUGGCUCCAUCGUGUCAAAAAGUAGAACAUAUUACCAUAGGCUUUGACGAGGAUAUGGAUAUUUAUACGCAUAGAUCACAACCUUUCAUUCCUAUGAGAUCUGUCCUCACCGUUUGCCUUCACUCAAUGUUUGCACCACUCGAUGACUCAUUAUGGAUCGUCAGUAAGUGUUUUCCAAAUGCAAAGAGUCUUGUGCUGGAUGGUGAAUUAGUAUUAUUUAAAUUCACUUCCAGACACCACUCUGGCAUCCCGCUGUCUUCACUGAGAAGAUUUGAAUUACGUAUCCUACAUUGCCGCGAUACUCUUGACAACCUCUUUCUCCUGCUUUCUUCUUCCUGUCAAAACAUUGAAUACCUCACCAUCACAAGCAAUGAUCCUCUCAAAUGGGAGAAGUCAAGGACAGCCAUUACAGAAUGUAAAUUACCUAAUCUGACUGAUAUCCAUCUUGAAUCUCGUUUGUCUGACGAGCGCUAUGCACUCCAAAUGAUAACAGACUUACUACACUUAGGUCGUAUGAUGAGUCCUAGUUUGAAAUUUGUCAAAGUAAAAAGUGUAGAGCUAGGAGAUGUAGUUAUGAAGAGUGUUGAAUGGUCCCGAACAUCUUCAGAUUGUGGGUUGCAAAUUAAAGGUGCAUCAGCGGCUGUACCCAUAACUUCGUUAAUUGAUCUUACAACUAGUGACCUUAAAGAUGUUACUGUUCUUACAUUUGUCAGUUGCAAGACUGAUUUCGGUCCGUCUGAAAGUAAGUCUCUGCAACGCCCGAAGGAACUUAGUACACUGCGGGAAAUCAGGUUCGUUUGUUCAGAAAACCCACUUUCCGAAUCUGACAGGAACAAACUGUCGGAGUUGUAUCCUAAUGUCAAAGUGACAGAAAAUCAGACGAGUCAGGAAUCAUCUGAAGAAUUCCAGGAGGGUGCAGGGAUACCUUUCAAGUUGGACAAGGCCUCCUCUCAACCACUAAAAACCUCUCCAAUAGUACCUGAUGAAGGAGAUGUCGAAACAACCAUGAAAGAGUGCUGCAAGAGAGUUGGAGCUGAUGGGGGCAAAAUUCAGCUAGAAUCCUUUGGGAUUGAACUUGAGAUACCUCCUGGUGCAAUUGACAGCAAAGAGCCACAAGAAAUCUCCCUUCGUGCUCUGACCGAUACUCCUAAUCUUGGUGACUCCAAAGACGAGAUGUCAGUCUGCUUUGGUGUACAAUGCUUAGCUCCUGAUGACUUAGUCCUGAGGUCACCGGUGACUUACACAUUACCUCAUUGCGCUGUUGCAGCACUUUACUCCAGUUUACAGGCAGUCCUAUACUCAGGAGAGGGGGAAUACUCGCCACAUGCAGUUAUUAAAGAACGGAAAGUACUGUCACAAUCAGGAAUCCCCAGCUGCAAAAUCAGGAAGGACGUACUCGAACUCAAGAUGGAUCAUUUUUCGUGGGCGAAGAUUAAAAUCAUGAUCAAGAACUUCUUCUUUCGCGGAAAAAGGAUGUGCUUCGUGCCGUUUAAAGAGAAGAACUUGACCUUGACAAAGACACCUCUUAUCUUACAUGCCAACUUUUAUGAUGAUGUACAAGGGAACAAGGAGACGGUUAAGAGCGAUCAAGAGGAACUAGGAUACAAACCGGCUUAUGAUGAACAACAUGUGCUUAUUAAGAAGGCAGAAGUUGAUCUUAAGGUGACAUAUUGUGUGGACGGCAACGAAGAACGAAGUGCGGAAUGA